AAUGAUUGGUUGUGAACUCUAACAGAAUUGACUCAUGUGCACCAAAAAGAGUUGACUUUGUUUUGUGAACAAGUAUACUAGACUCGUUCAUAUCUGCACACCAAUUCUGCUCAUUCCUUAUUGACAUGGCUGAAGUAUUUCUUUUUGAUGUUGCUGAAUCACUACUAGGGAAGCUUGCUUCUUAUGCUUAUGAAGAAGCUUCCCGAGCUUAUGGUGUGUAUGACGAUCUGCAAGGGUUCAAAGACACUUUGUCUAUUGUCAAAGGUGUGCUAUUGGAUGCUGAGCAGAAGAAGGACCAAAACCAUGGGUUGCGUGCAUGGCUGAGGCAGAUUCAAAACAUAUGCUCUGAUGCUGAAGAUAUAUUGGAGGGAUUUGAGUUCCGAAGCAAGCAAAAGCAAGUUGUCAAAGCUUCUGCCAGCACCAGGAUGAAGGUAGGCUACUUCCUUUCUUCCUCUAAUCCUGUUAUUUUCCGUCUUAGGAUGGCAAAUCAAAUCAAAGAUAUUAGGGAUAGAUUGGAUAAGGUAGCAGCUGAUGGGACCAGAUUUGGACUUCAGAUGAUUCAGGUUAAUCACAAAAUUGGUGUGCAAAGGAGAGAAAUGACUCAUUCCCAUGUUGAUGCUUCUGAUGUGAUAGGAAGAGAGAAGGAUAUAGAAGAAAUUAUCCAACAUUUGAUGAAAACCCAAACCCACCUUGAUGGGAGGGAUAAUAAAGGUGUUUGUGUUAUUCCCAUAGUAGGAAUUGGAGGCUUGGGGAAGACCACACUUGCAAAGUUGGUGUUCAAUGAUAAGAGGGUUGAUGAACUUUUUCAAUUGAAGAUGUGGGUAUGUGUGUCUGAUAACUUUGACAUUAGGCAGAUACUUAUUAAAAUCAUCAACUCUGCCUCUGCUUCUAGUUCAGCUCCAACUAUUGCUCCUGCCCACCAAGAAAACCUUAACAGUUUAGAUAUUGAGCAGCUACAAAGUCGUCUUAGAUACAAGCUUUCUGGUCAAAAGUUUUUGUUAGUGUUAGACGAUAUAUGGAAUGAAGAUCGUGCUAAAUGGAUUGAGUUAACAGAUUUGAUAAAAGCUGGUGCAGUAGAAAGCAAAAUGAUAGUGACCACGCGUAGCAACUCAAUUGCUUCAAUGAUGGGAACUGUUCCCAUGCAUGUUUUACAAGGUCUUCCUCAGAAGGAUUGUUUGUCUCUGUUUGUGAAAUGGGCAUUUAAGGACGGUGAAGAAGAAAAAUAUCCAAAACUAAUGGAAAUUGGAAAUGAAAUUGUGAAAAAAUGUCGAGGGGUUCCGUUAGCUGUGAGAACAUUAGGAAAUUUCCUGUUCUCAGAUUUGGAUUUAGAGAAGUGGAAAUUUGUAAGAGACCAUCAGAUAUGGAAUUUAGAGCAAAAGAAAGAUGAUAUUUUACCUGCUCUUAAAUUAAGCUAUGAUGAAAUGCCAUCCUAUUUGAGACACUGUUUUGCUUCUUUCUCUCUUUAUCCUAAAGAUUUUACCUUCUCAAGUGAAGAAAUUGUCAGUCUUUGGGUGGCACUUGGACUAGUUCAAUCCUGUGAUGGAAGUCAAAAGCUAGAGAAUACUGCAAGAAAAUAUAUAAAUGAGUUGCAUUCAAGAUCAUUUCUUGAAGAUUUGGAAGACUUUGGCCACUUUUACAUGUUCAAAGUCCAUGAUUUAGUGCAUGAUCUUGCCCUGUAUGUUUCAAAAGAGGAGUUUCUAGUGAUCGACUCACAUACUAAGAAUAUACCUGAGAAUGUGAGGCAUUUAUCAAUUGUUGAUGAAAAUGAUUUACUUGGACAUGCCCGCUUGGUUUCCCAAGUCCAGAAGUUUAAGAACUAUACAAUUUCCCAGCGAAGGAGUAGGUCUUAACAGGCAAUUUCUUUUGGACACAUGGGUUUCAAGAUACAGAUACUUGAGGAUUUUAAAUUUGAGUGAUUCCACAAUUCAUACUCUGCCUAAUUCAAUUGGUAAACUGGAGCAUCUCCGACAUCUUGAUCUUUCCAAUAAUUGUGAAAUAAAAAUUCUUCCCGGCUCUAUAUG